AUGGCAGCUCCAACUAACUACCCAGACCCUGCCACAGAAGUGACUCCUGAAGCAGACCCUAAUUCUCUCAAGAUGAUGACGCCAGAAGAUAAACCAAUAUACAUCAAGAUCGAGGAGCCCCUUUGUAUCAUCAUACGGAAUAUAGAAAACCGAGUUCUCCUGCUAAAAAAUGAUAGCGCUGUAUUCGAGGAGAUGACUGAUGGUGAAAUUUGCGACAAUGCAUACCAGACUCAUUUUAUAAUGCAGCGUUAUAAGGACCCUGACCGUACACGUUUGUUAGCAACCAUCUCUAUAAAGACGGCAGAAAAAACUUACACUAUGUCCUGCAAAGACAAAUCCGUUUUUUUUAAGGAAGAAGCUGCUCCAGACACCAUUGUUGAUGAAAAAGAUAUCUUAUUCUGUAUAGAGAGUCUCAUUGGCUAUACAACCAAAAAGCAUUUUAAGUCUUUCUUAUACCCACAAUACUAUCUGGCAUAUGAGAGAAAAAAUGUGAUGGAUUUACUCAUUUUGAAGUAUGUUGAAAUAGAUGAAGACAAAGACAAACUUACAGUGUUCUCGACCCAUAACUGUAAGAAAUUUGGUCCAAAAAAAAGACCCUAA